AUGCAGCAGAACGGAGAGCAAGGCUUCAGCUGCUGGACGCCUCUGAGCAACAAGCAGCGCAACGUUCAGCUGUUUGAGCAGCGCCUGGUUCUGGUUCUCCACUGGUUCCAGAUGUGGAACCAGCAGCAGAGGAAACAGCUGCUGGAGCAACUGCUGAGGACCAGCAGCAGCAGGGAGCAGAGGUUCUGCAGAGACCUCCUGACCCGGGUCCUCCCAGAGACCCGGCUGGACUUCAGCAGGGUUCUGCCCCGGACCCUGAGCCUCCACAUCCUGGCCUUCCUGACCCCCCAGGACCUCUGCAGGGCUGCGGGGGUCUGCUGGACCUGGAGGGUCCUAGCUGAGCAGGACUGCCUGUGGACCGGGCCCUGCAUCAGGAGGGGCUGGUUCCUGCCUUACAGUCCUGGGCCCAAAGAGUUCGGGUCCUGGAAAAACCACUAUGUGUGGUGCGUCGGCUCCCUGGACUGGAAUCGAACCAGCAACCCCCGAGAGGAGCAGAGCGGGGAGUCCAGGACCAGGAGGGUCCAAGGUGGGGUUCUGGGUCUGCCAGAGUCCAGGACCGGGUUCCAGACCAGGACUCUGGAGAAGCUUCAGACCAGCUCCACCCUGCUGCUGCUCAUCUCCAACUCCAUGCCGGCCUACGAGGUGCUGCUGAGCGGGCUGCAGCUGGGGGUGCAGGCGGAGCUGCUGGACCACAGGGGGUGCCUCCCCGCCCUGCUAGCCCAGGCUCAGAGGGCCGCCCGGGGCAGGAGGGUCCGCAGGAUCGGCCUGCUGGUUCCAGGAGGAACUCAAGAAGUCCAGCUUCUUAAAAAUUGUGUGGUCUCAGCAGAGACUCUACGGAACCUGGAGCUCAAGGAAUUCUGGGCAAAACUGAGCGAGCUGCUGGAUCCUGGUGUGGAGGAGAGAGGGAUCGAUCUCUUCUGCCCCCUGGCUGCAUCCGCAUCCGGCAUCUCCGUCCUGAAGGUUCUCUCGGUUCUCACCCAGGCUGAGGUUCUCUCUCCCAUGGGGUUCUCCACCGGAACCUUCCAGAGCAUCCUCAGCCCCUGGUCGGACUUUGGGUUCCGCUCCAUUCCCCCGGGGGUUCCUGCUCUGAGGUUCCUGCACCGGAAUGUUCUGCAGGCCUGGUGCAGGCAGGCCCAGUGGAUGGAGAAGGUUCUAGAGCGGAUCAGGAUCUCCUUCAGGACGGAACUGCAGAGAGAGGGUUCCAGGAUCCGGGGACGACUUCUGGGUCAUUUCCUGUGGGAUCAGCUCCAGCUGGACAUUCUCCAUGUUCCUUCAGAACUCAGUGAGUCCCUGACUGAAGAAUUGAGGGUUCUGUCAGGACCGGAUCAGGAUCAGACAGCUCUGGACUGGAGAGGAGCGGUGGUCACAGAUCUCCACAACAGCGAACGGCUCUAUCUGGAAAGACUGUGUGGCAUCCAGAAGGUUUACCAGCAGCCUCUGGCUGAGAGUCUGAGCUGCAGCAGAGAGAUUCUGAGCUUCACUGAGAUCCAGAUCAUCCUCAGGCCAGUAGAGCAGAUCCUGGAGGUCAACAGGUUGUUCGAGGCAAAUCUCGGUGUUCGUCUGUCCCGCUGGGGACCGGAUCGCUGCAUCGGAGACGUUUUCAAAAAGCUGUGUUCCAACCUGAGAGUCUACAGCAACUAUUUCAACAACCUCCACAUGGCGGUUUCCACCGUGGACCGGUGCAGAGAAACCAAACCGGCGUUCCGCUGCUUCCUGAAGAGAGUGGACAGAACCGUCAACACUCACAUGAUGAGCCUGCUGGAGCUCCUGCUGACCCCGGUGAUUCGAAUCGAGGAAUACGUGACUCUGCUUCAGGCUCUAAAGCUUCACACCGAGCAGAAUCACCCCGAUUGGCCUGACGUCUGCUCCAGUCUGGAGACCAUGAUGACAUUCAGGGAGUUCGUCCAGAAGUUGAAGUUUAACUCAGAAGCUGAUGAAGUGAUGGACGAGACACAGAAGAUAAUCCAGAACUGUCCAACGCUCCGUGAAGGAAACCGUCAACUCCUGCUCCGUCAGGACGCUGCCUUGCUCAUUAGCUCCAGGGAAACCCUCCCAGACUCCCUCAGAAUCUUUCAGGAGUUCUCGGACGUCACCCUCUUCCUGUUCAGCGACGCCCUGGUCCUGACCCGCCGGGCCACUAGCCACGCCCCCUUCACCCUGAUCCCCCGCGUGGAGCACGUAUUCAAUUCCUCCGUUGCUCUGGACAGCCUGUCGGUCCGGGAGAUCAAACACAGUCCCUAUGUGGGCCGGGCCCUGGUCCUGGAUGGACCCUCCACCUCCUGGGUCUGUUUCCUGGAGGACGAAGAGGAGAGGGAGCACUUCCUCAUCGUCCUGCGAUCGGCUUUGCUGGGGCGAUGA